AUGCCGCCGUACGCCGGGACGUUCGCGAAGCCCGAGAACGCGCUGAAGCGUGCGGAGGAGCUGAUUAACGUGGGACAGCCCAACGCGGCUCUUCAGGCGCUCCACGAUGUGAUCACGUCCAAACGCCACCGAACGUGGCAGAAAGUGCUCGAGACGAUCAUGUUCAAGUACGUUGAGCUAUGCAUCCAGCUCAAGAAAGGCCGCCUCGCGAAGGACGGCCUCAUCCAGUACAGAAUCGUGUGUCAGCAAGUGAACGUGAACUCGCUCGAGGAAGUCAUCAAGCACUUCCUGAAGCUCGCGACGGAGAAGGCGGAGCAGGCGCAGGCGCAAGCCGCCGCCUCAGCGAAGGCGUCGACACUCGAGAUCGACGAUCUCGAGGCCGAGAACACUCCCGAAAAUCUGAUGUUGAAGUCCGUCUCGGUCGAGAACGACAAAGAUCGUGCGGACCGCGAGCUCGUCACGCCUUGGUUCAAGUUUUUGUGGGAGACGUACCGCUCUAUACUCGAGAUCUUGCGCAACAACAACAAACUCGAAGCGCUGUACGCAAUGACAGCGCACCGCGCGUUUCAGUUCUGCGUCACGUACAAGCGCACGACGGAGUUCCGUCGUCUGUGCGAGAUUCUUCGCAACCACUUGGCCAACCUCAUGAAGUAUCGCGACCAGCGCGACCGCCCUGAUAUGACUCUGCCGGAGACGCAAAAUUUUUAUCUUGAAACCAGAUUCGAGCAGCUCAAGGCGGCGGCCGACCUCGAGCUGUGGCAAGAGGCGUUCCGCACGAUCGAAGACAUUCACGGGCUGACAAUCAUCUUGAACAAGUCGCCGAAUCCUCGCAUGAUGGCGUCAUACUUUUCAAAGUUGACCAAGGUGUUUUGGGUGUCGGAGAACUACCUGUACCACGCCUACGCUUGGUAUAAGCUCUUCAACCUGAGCAAGACAUACAACCGCAACCUCACCGCGGAGGACUUGAAGGCCAUGGCGUCUGCAGUUCUACUCUCCGCGGUAGCGAUUCCGCCCUACGAAUCCCGCACGUCUGCGAGCGUCUCGAACCUGGAGCUUGAAUUCGCGAAAGAGCGUGACGUUCGAAUGGCGACGCUCCUCGGGUACAACUUGGAUCCUAAGCGCGAUCCACGCGAAGUCCUCUCUCGCAAAGCGCUGCUGAAGGAGCUCGUCUCGAAGGGUAUCUUGUCUCUCGUCUCCAUCGAGGCACGUCAGUGCUACGCGCUCUUCGAGAAAGAGUUCCACCCGCUGGACCUUUGCAAGCACGCUCAGAAGGUGUUCUCCUCUUUCAACCUCGAAGCAGUGGUGCUGUCUGCAUCGAGUCCGAUUCCAACCAUCGCUUUCGACCAGUUCCUGCCGCGCAUGCGCAGCCUCGCUGUCGUUCGCAUGCUGCAACAGUCGUCUCAGGUUUACCAGACCAUGAAGCUCGAGACGUUGCAGCAGAUGGUUCCCUUCCUCGAAUUUUCCCAGGUCGAGCGAAUCCUUGUCGAUGCCACCAAGGGUGGAGCUGUUGCUGUCCGUCUCGACCACCAGAACAAGUGCGUCAGGUUCGAAGGUGAUGAGCUUGAGAGCGACAGCAUCAAAAACCAUCUCGUGCUCAUGGCGCAAAAGCUCCGAAAGGGCAUUAAGAUGAUGUAUCCUGAUGCCACCCCCGCUGCCGCGUCGCUCGCUUCCAAGAGCAACACCGCGGACCUGCUUUCCAAAAUUGAGGUUGAGCAUAAGCUCGCCUUGGCGCGCAAGGUCAUCAUCGAGCGCCGCAAAGAAGAGCAAGAACGCGUGCUGCAAGAGCACGAAAAGGAGUUGGAGGAAGCUCGCGUUGCUCUCCAACGCAAGAAUGAAGCCGCGGAGGCGAAGCGCCUGGAAGAGGAACGACGCUCACGCGAGGAGAAACGCAUCCUUCAGGAGAUGGAAGAGAAGGAGAAGCAAGAAGCUCUCGCGCUUAUUGCAGAGGCGGAGAAGCGUAACAAGGCUCUCGGUAAAGGCAAGAAGGGUCUUAAGAUCAAGCUCGAGGAGGGUCAGAAGAUCGACAAGCGUAGCCUCAUGGAGGACGCCAUCAAGGAGCAGAUCAAGGAGAGACAAGACAUGGAGCGCAAGCUCAACCGUCUCGCGAAGAAGAUGGAUCACCUUGAGCGAGCCAAGCGCGAGGAAGAGGUUCCUCUCAUCGAAGCCGCGUAUAAGGUCAAGAUGGCAGAAGAUGAGCAGCAUCACAAAGAGAUGCAGCAGCAGAACGCGGAGAAGCACCGCCAGUCGUGGGAGGUCAACGUCGAGGAGAAGAAGCGUCUCUCGAAGAUGGCGUCAGAGAAGGACAGCUUUGCCGCCGCGAUCGUGACCCGUCGUUCUGAAGAGUUUGAAGCGCUUCGUAUCGAACGUGAAGAACGCAUCAACGAGCUCCGCUCCCUGCGUCGCGCAGAGCGUGAACUCGCGCGUCGCCGUGCUUAUGUCCGAAAAUUACAACAAAUCGAAGAAGAAGCCCGUGCCGAAGCCGAGGCCGCUGAACGCGAGCGCAAGGAGGAAGAGGCCCGCGCUCGUCGGGAAGAAGAACGCCGCGCGUCCGAACAGAACGACAGGCGUGGUGAUGGUGAAUCUGAACAGCGACGCGACACCGGCCGCUAUGAGCCUCGUCGGUACGAGCCAUCGAGGGGGGGAGACUCUCGAUAUGGUGGUGAUAGCCGAGACAGCAGGUACGGCGACAGCAGGUACGGCGACAGCAGGUACGGCGAACGGGACCGCGGAGGCGGUUCGAGGUUUGAGCCGUCUCGGGGUUCGGACAGCAGAUACGAUUCUCGGGAUUCCCGAGACCGUGGUAGCGACUCGCGCUACGAACGCCGCGACGACAGAGGCUCGUCCCGUGAUGAUUCAAGGGGAGGCAGCAGGGGUGGGGGAUCCCGCUGGUAAGAGCAAAGAACGACAAGAGCAGGUGAUGUACGCGUAGUGUCUACGACUGAAAAGAACUAUUCCGCCCUAGUCAGUUGCGACAUGUGAUGAGCGAACAGCUGUCUC